CACACACAGAUUAAAGGAAGAGAAAAGGAACUGCAAGGACGAAAGCACACACACACACACCCACACACACAUAUGCAGGUCCCCAGUGGUCACAUGACGCACACAUCCGCUUUGACACAUUCAUACUCAGCCGGCUGCUGUCAUGCUGUCUGGAUUCAGUGGCAGCUAUGAGUGAAGGCAGAGUGAGUGCAGGACCAUGACCUCUAACAUGAACCGUAAGACUAUCCUGCAGCAGCAGAAGAGCCUGGACACUUGUCUACAGGAAAAUACCUCCAGGAAAGGUCUGCGCUGGAGACGGGGAUCUUUAAAUAAUGGAAAACAGUCUAAAAACAAUGUGUCCUCUUCAGGGACGCUGACCCGGGGACGAGACCAGCUGAGCCGAUCAUAUUCCAGCUCUCUGGUGGACUAUACAGAUCCUCAGAGGACGACGGUUGUGUUGGAAAAACAAGACAAUGAAGCGUUCGGAUUUGAAGUCCAGACAUAUGGGAUUCAGCUGAAUAACACCAAUGAGUUGGAGAUGUGUACGUUUGUCUGCAGCGUGCAGGAUGGUAGUUCUGCAGAGACUGCAGGCCUAACUGCGGGUGACAUAAUAUUGACGGUAAAUGGGGUCAUCAUCAAAGGGUUUACCCAUCACCAAAUCAUUGAACUGAUCCGAGAGUCUGUCAACAUGCUAAAGUUGGAGACAGUCAAUGGCAGCGUGGUCAAAAGAAUUGAACUAGAGAAGAAGAUGCGCAUGCUCAAGCAAACCCUACAUGAGAAAUGGUCGGAACUGCAGGCACUCACCAUACAGGAAAAACGUCUUACUCGAGAUAAUCUGAACGUCAGCUCUGCGCAUCCAUCCAUGGACUCUCUCAUGUCUCUGUCAUCACCUACUAGUCGGUCUGGACAUCGUUUCUCUAGUGACAGCAGCUGGCCGAGCAUGUUGACAGAUGAGGUCUGCGAGGACGUGUUCGAUGACCUCAGUCCGUGCAGCCCACACAAAAUCAACUGCGAAUUAUUCCCCACUAUAUUUCAGCCAGAGGAGGCGCAGCCGAGGCCGACUCUGUCCCGAACCCGCAGCAUCAGCAGCGGCAGCAGCAGCAACAGCUGCCAGUCACCCACGUGGGAUAACAAACGAACGUGCUCAUCCUCCUCGUCCUCCAGCGUGUUCGCCACGCUGCCUCGCCGGGGGAGGAAAGGCAGCAUGAGAAAAAACCUGCUGAAGUUGUUACCAGGACUGAACUAUUCUCUCGAAGAAGAGGAGACCACCUGAAACAGACUUCUGGCACGAAGCCGAAAAAAGUGGAAUUCUUUACUGCGAAUGUACUGUAUCUGUACUGUAUACUGUACUGUAUACUGUAGGUGUAAAAAUGUGGACAGUGGACUUCUGAUGUUGGAAAGACUCUUCAUGAAUUGUCCAGGCCAAUACUGAUAUGUCUGAAAAUGCCAUUUUCAUAGCCAAAGGUUUUUCUCUCCAGAUUGAAAUGCAGAAACGACAGGAAGCCACCUCUACGGUGAGCAUGUGCAAGUUUGCACACAUUACCUGAGCCAGAUUGUUUACGCAUUUCAUGUUGAAGCUAAACAGUUUGAUGUGGCCUGCGCCAGAAAAGAAGGGGAAGCAAGAAAAAAAAAGAAAGAAAGAAAAAAAAAGAAAAGAUGUUUGGCAAUGCCACUGAGCACAGCACUGAAUACAAAACAAUCCAUCCUUUAUGCAGGAAUGCUGUGUUUAUAUCUUACUCGUGAUUGAUUCAACGUGAUCGGUGUUGACUCUGACAGACCAUUUGAUAACAUUUAUGGAAGGUGUCUCCAGUGUCAGUCAGUAGGUUUUCCACCAAGGGAAAGUCUUCAGGAUGUUAUUGUGUUUGUCUUAUUAGCUUCAAGAGAGAGAAGAAAGAGAGACUGGUGAGGGAAUGACUGCAUCACAUCGCUCCAUCAUAGAUUAUUUUCCUACAACAGGGUUUUAUUCCUUAAUGGUUUCAUUGUAAAAGAUAACAGAUAACAUCAAAAACAUCAAAUCAAUUUAACUCGUCUUUUGUUUUGGAUGCAUCGGAUCUCGGAUCACUGACCUAGCUCUGGACAUUUACGAAUGAACAGAAUCAGCAUUUACAAAUAUCUUGCAAAUUCCCCAAAUGUGAAAAUGGCAUCUUUUUUCCCCCCAUGAACGCUUUUAAAAACAUUUUGUUUCAGACGUGUACAUACAGUAUUACUCAUGGACAAGGCCUCGGCCUAUUCAGCAUUCUGGAACAUGUAGCAUUCCAGAAGUGACAUUCUAGAACCUAUGAUAUUCUAGAACCGAGCCCCUUGAUGGCUUGGGUCAAUAUAGGACAAGCCACACGUCAGCAUUACACACACUCACACACACACACACACACACACACACACACACACACACACAUACACUCUCUCUCUCUCUCUUCUGCACACAGACGCACCCACAUGUGCAUAAGAGAAUAGCACAGGGUGCAGAAUAAGGUACAAGUGAAAAUACAACAUUAAAAACCCGAUUGUUGUUUUUUGUGUGUUUGUGAAGUGCAGCAUGUACACUGCUUUACACUGAUGUGGUAGUUUUGUGUUUUAUUUUUCAAACCGUGCAUUAAAGCACUGUAUGUGAACAGGAGCGUGAGUGAGAAAAGUACAAUCAUGCAAUUUUCCGUUUGACCCACAUGUGUAUCUCACUAUGUGUAGCAAUAAAUAAAUCAAAGUGACAAUGUAAAUAAUAAAGGCUAAUAUAAAAAAAAAAAAG